UCGACAUAUUUUGUUAUUCAUCUCGUCGAACGRCGAACGCCAUUCUCUUGAAGUUCACCCGUCCACUGUCGUGUAGCUAACAGAUCAUUUAUUAACUUGAAAAAUGGUGAAUGUACCUAAACAGAGACGUACGUACUGCAAGAAAUGUAAGGUACAUAAGGUACACAAAGUAACACAGUACAAGAAAUCUAAGGAACGUCAAGCAUCCCAAGGUCGUCGUCGUUACGACAGAAAACAAAGUGGUUUUGGUGGUCAGACUAAGCCUAUUUUCAGAAAGAAGGCUAAAACAACUAAGAAAAUUGUAUUAAGGAUGGAGUGUUCUGAAUGCAAAUACCGUAAACAAAUCCCAUUGAAACGUUGCAAGCAUUUUGAAUUGGGAGGUGACAAGAAACGAAAGGGACAAAUGAUCCAGUUUUAAGUCUAAACAUUUUUUUGUUACUUUUAAGACCAAUAUAUAAGUGCUACUGAAAAAUACA